UACCCCCAUAUUCUUCUUCAACAGCCUCACACGAUCAUCGAUCAUCGGACAAAUAUAUCACUCGUCUUGAGGAUCACUGGACAUUGCAUAGGUACUACUAGUGGCCUAGUGGGCUGAACAAGAAGAUCUAGGAGGGUCAAAGGGUUUUAUCGAGAAGAUAAGUAUUGGAUCGUGGAUCGAGGAGUCCGAGCACCCUAGCACCAAGAUUUCUCCCCAAAAAAGUGGAAUACACCAUAUCGACCAUCUUACUUUCCCUCUUUUGGUCUUCUACUGUCUGACCAUUCAAGUUCUCGUCCGAUACACCCUCUACGAUCUACGACCUACCAACCUUGGUCAUUGUGACUAUUCCCAACUGGUCAUUACGCCAUUCAUCGUUCCAAAAGUACCUAGCUUCCCCAAGUUCACAUUCCUUCGAAGAUGGUCCGUUCUGCCCUUCGUUCCACCCUCAUCACACUCUCUUCUUUAGCUUCAUCCGCUCCUAUAGAAAUAAUAACAGCCACUUUCGUUCUCGUCACUCUCACUUAUUUCCAACUUUUACACGCUAUAAAAGGAUCAGAUUUCAUUCAUCUCCCCACCACUUCUCCAUCUCCGAGACCGAUACAUUUAAUAAGACUUUCACAUCCUCCACCAUUAGAAGAUUCCCCUUUUAUAUCCCCUUCUUCUACUUCACUACUCGGUAAUAAUCAAUUCACUUCAGAUGACUGGACACCAAUUCUAGCUAGUUCAUUCCGACGUAUCCUCGAGGCUAACGCAUUGGAAGGUGGACACGUUUUCCCUUCUGAAUUAGGAGGUAGUUCUCAAGAUGAAAAAGCUCAAGUUGUCUUGAUCAAACAAAUCAAUCUUGUUAGAGAAGGAGAAGGUGAUAUUGAAAAAUGGAAAAAUUGGUUACUAAAUGAGUUAUUCGUCGAAGUUGGAGGAAAUAAAUUCACUUAUCAAGAUUUAUGUUUUCAAUGUGAAACAAAUAUCAUUCAACAUCCUCUCUAUUCAUCUCAAUCAACAAUCACUUUAUAUCUAUUACCACCUACACCGGAAAAACCUACUCUCACUUACCUAAAUCAUUUAAAUCGAUUACCCCCAUUUUCACCAGUUGGAAGUAAUGUAACUUUCAGACUCGCUUCUGUUUCUUCUUCCUCUUGGACUUUCUUUCCGCCUUUGGAUGGAGGAGGUUUGUUCACUGGUGUAGGAGAUGGAUCGGCUCAGAGUGAGAAAGAGGAUGAAGAUGCUUUAGUGGGAUUGAGAAAUGUUAGAUGGUUCGCCUAUGCCGCAAGAGCUUUUUUCAUGCGUUUUUAUGCACUUGCAAAGAACGCGGAUUCAGCAGAUAUAUUCGUUGUCUUACUUGGUUAUGUGCUCAUGCACCUCACAUUCGUCCAUCUAUUCAUCAAUAUGCGUCGAUUAGGAAGUUCUUUCUGGCUCCCUUUCGCCACUCUCGUUUCCUCCAUCUUCGGCUUUUUGGUAUCCCUCCUUGCCGCAUAUCUCCUCAACGUCCCUAUCGAUCCAGUGUGUUUAUCGGAAGCCCUCCCUUUCCUAGUCAUCACCAUCGGUUUUGACAAACCUUUCCUACUAGCUCGAGCGGUAUUCCAAAAUCCCGAGAUCGCUCCUGUCGCCGCCAGUCCUGAGAUGUCUCCGAUCACGGAUGAUUUCACCAAAGAGACCGGUCCUAAUGGUGCUGGAUUAGGACUAGAUCUAGGUACUUUGCACAAAGAACUAGCACCUCUUGAGCGUCUUCAGAGAUUAGCAGAAGGUAAAGGAGUACGUUGGGCUGCUCCGGUAGCUGCAAAGCAAAUCGUUGUGGACAGUGUGAGAAAGGUAGGAGUGGGUAUAGUCAGGGAUUACGCAUUAGAAAUUGCUGUUUUAAGUGUAGGAGCGGCUUCUGGGAUCGGGGGAUUGAGAGAAUUUUGUUAUCUGGCCGCUUUGAUCAUGACGGCCGACUGUGUCAUGUUGUUUUCCUUUUAUGUGGCCAUUCUAACCGUCAUGGUAGAGGUUCAUAGGAUUAAACUCAUUAGAGGUCCUGUCAAACAUAAGCGUGCAGUCAAGACGAUUCGACGUAAUUCUUCUGCAUCUUCUUUGGCCAGUAACGCGGACGCUUUAUCACCCACGACACCUUCCAUUUGGUCUCGGAUCUCCUCCAAUGAUCGUAGUUCACCUUCCAUUUGGUCUCGAAUCUCUUCGAAUGAUCGUAAAGAACAACCCGAAAACCCAGCGGUCCGACUCAAACUCUUCUUAAUCAUUUCUUUCCUCACCUUACACAUCCUCAAUCUGUGUACUACUUUAACCGAACAGACCGCGCUCAAACGUCAUUCCACACAUUCCGUCCAACCUCUCCCUGCUCGUCUCGAUCCGACUUCACCCACUCUCUCACCUGUGCUUGACGCGUUGUACGCUUCACAACCUCCCGAGACGGAUAUGGCCGUACAGAUCUUACCUCCCACUCAAGUCGUCAUGUCGUUUGACACUUUCAUUCCAUCUCGCAUGGCCAGCAUUGAUCAUUUCAUGUCCGAAUGGACUCUUUUGGUCGGUGAUCCUGUCUUGAGCAAAUGGAUCGUCGUUGCUUUAGGUAUCUCUGUCAUGCUCAAUGGAUAUCUGCUCAAGGGUAUCGCAUCGAAUUCUAUCGGUGGUAAAGGUCCAGUCGCUGCAGCGGCGCAGAUGUUGGUUGGUGUCUUUGAUUCUUUCGACAUUAACACUUCACAUGCUGGACAUUUAACACCUAAAUAUACACAAUCAAAUAUUCCACCUUACAUGCCUCAUCCCGCUCCUAUCAAUGAAGGUGAACGUACUCCUCGAGGUGAACAAUCGACACAAGAUCAAGGACAUAUCGUCGUACCUUCAACACCCAAAGUUCCUAUUCUUUCGUCACCACCCAAACCAUCUUCCUCUCGCAGUUCCCCAAAUACGGGAUUGAUACCGACAUUCGGACGUCGCCCAUUAUCCGAAAUUGUCGAGAUCUACGCUGGUGGAGUUGGGGUUUCUCAUUUGAGUGACGAAGAAGUAAUCCUUCUAGUCCAAAAAGGAAAGAUCGCUCCCUACGCUCUUGAAAAAACAUUGAAAGAUCUCGAAAGAUCUGUUCGGAUUCGAAGAGCUGUCAUCUCACGUACUUCUUUAACUCAAACUUUAGAAGCGUCCGCACUGCCAAUGGCGGAAUACGAUUAUCAACAAAUCAUCGGAGCAUGUUGUGAAAACGUCAUUGGUUAUAUGCCUAUUCCUGUCGGAAUAGCAGGACCUCUGAUGAUAGAUGGACAACUUUUACAUAUUCCAAUGGCGACGACAGAAGGUACAUUAGUAGCUUCAACUUCACGUGGAUGUAAAGCUUUAAAUUCAGGUGGAGGAGUAACGACAGUCUUGACUCAUGAUGCAAUGACAAGAGGUCCUGCCAUUGAUUUCCCAAAUAUAACAAUGGCAUGUUCAGCAAGAUUAUAUAUCGAUUCUCCCAUAGGAUUUCAAACUUUGAAAAAAGCUUUCGAUUCUACUUCGAGAUAUGCAAGAUUACAAACUUUAGAAUGCGCAAUAGCAGGUAGAACGUUAUACGUUAGGUUCGCAACUUCUACCGGUGAUGCGAUGGGUAUGAACAUGAUUUCAAAAGGAACAGAAAUGGCUUUGGGGAAAUUAAAAGAAAGAUAUCCUGAAAUGCAAGUUUUAGCUUUGAGUGGGAAUUAUUGUACGGAUAAAAAACCUGCUGCUAUAAAUUGGAUCGAAGGUAGAGGUAAGAGUGUAGUUGCCGAAGCUAUAGUUCCAGGUGAAACGGUGGAGAAAGUUUUGAAAACUACCGUUAAAGAUCUAUGUCAUUUGAAUGUUAAGAAGAAUUUGAUUGGAAGUGCUAUGGCUGGUAGUAUUGGAGGAUUCAAUGCUCAUGCGGCUAAUAUUUUGACUGCUAUAUACCUAGCUACGGGCCAAGAUCCCGCCCAGAAUGUUGAAAGUUCAAAUUGUAUGACAUUGAUGGAACCGAUCAACGACGGUCAAGACCUCCUCAUCACAGUCUCCAUGCCCUCCAUUGAAGUCGGUACCGUAGGAGGCGGAACCAUCCUUUCCCCUCAACGCGCCAUGCUCGACAUGUUGGGUAUAGCCGGUGCUCAUCCCACCAUACCGGGUACGAACGCCCAACGAUUGGCACGUAUCAUCGCUGCGGCUGUUAUGGCUGGUGAAUUGAGUUUGAUGAGUGCUUUGGCCGCUGGUCAUCUCAUACAGGCUCAUAUGAAACAUAAUAGGAGUGCACCGGCUACACCGGGUGCUGCUACUCCUGGGGUGUUUGGAAUGACGGCGGUCACGAGCGUAGCGAGUGGGGUGAAUGUUGCGAGUGGUUCGAAAGCUCCCAGUGGCUUAGGUGGAGUCGGUGGAGUCAAUGGAGUUGGGGGAAGGAGUACAGUUAAUGGAGUAGGGGGGAUGAGUACAGUAAAUGGAUUUGGGGGAUCGAGUACAAUUAACGGAGUUGGGGGACCCAGUGGUGUGAAUGGAGCGGGGAUCAACAAAGUUCCCAGUGUAUCAAGUUUGUCCAGUAAUUCCACCGCACCGGCAAGAACGACCAACUCCAAUGGGAUUAAUGGUAUCAACGGUACGAACGGAACCAACGACACCAACUCGAAUGAAGUUCACCAAGUCGUAAAUGGCUCCAGCCCGAGUAAACCCAAGAUGGAGAGAGAAAACACUCUUACAGUAAGUUCCAAAAUGGUCAAACAUAAUGACGAUAAUUGGCCUGGGGCGUUACCCACCCCUGGGCUGACACCGAUGAAAGUGGAGAAAGAGAAAGGGAUGAGUCAUGAAAGUGGGCAUAUGGGGAUAUGACGGGUUUUGAGUGGGAGUCGUGUGUUGGGACUAUCCAUUGCGUCUUGUUGGAUAUUCUAAUCGAGUUGGACGAGUUUGGAUCGUAAACUUUCUAGAUGAUCUGGAAGAGUCUUGGUGGUUGACUUCCUAGUCGUUUUGGAAGAUGGCGACAAGAACGUCGAAUCUGAGUUCUUGGGGAUGAGGUUGGACGGAGUACUUGGUUGUGAGAAAGUAGGUAGGGUGGAAAGUCGUUGAAGUCAUGAUAGUUGUGUUAUUGUAGAGGAAGGAUUAGCAUGAGGAAUCUGGUUGAAAUCAUUGUAUACACGUAACACGUCAUGCAUCAAGCAUCAAGCUUUGG